UGGUCAUUAAUAUCAUUGACAAAGAAAGAGCAAAAAAACAUGGGCCAUGCCUCUAUGCCUCUAUGGAGAGACUGUAACUUGAUUUCUCAUAAAUCCAUCAAUGGCGUCCAUGAUCUCUUCUAGUUCUACUUCUCCCCCAUCAAAAAUGGCUGCUCUUCGUCUCCCCAUAUCCCUCACUAUAUCUUCUAAUUCCCCAGCCAGAAGGAAAAGGUUCCGAGUCAACUCACUCCGACCCCUUCUUCACAAAUCCCUAAUUUUUCCUCCCAAUUCCCUCUCAAAACCCUUACCUACUCGCAUUUUCCCUAUUACAUGUCACUCCAAAGCCACCCACGACCAUCAUCACGAUCACGAUCAAGAUCAUGAUCAUGGUCACCGUCAUCAGCACCAUCACUGUGGGCAUCACGAUCACAACGGGGGUGAAUUCAAGCUUACGAAAUCACAGAAAGCGUUUGCUGAUUUCGCAAAGGCAGUUAAGUGGACUCAGCUUGCUGACUUCUUGAGGGAACAUUUGGAGCUCUGUUGUUUUUCCACCGCGUUGUUCUUGGCUGCUGCUGCGUGCCCUUACUUGGUUCCGAAAGCAUCUGCGAAGCUUACUCAACAACUUCUCGUUCUCUUAGCUUUCCCUCUUGUUGGGGUUUCAGCCUCAUAUGAUGCUCUAUUUGAUAUCACUGGUGGAAAAGUCAACAUUCAUGUACUAAUGGCUCUUGCAGCAUUUGCAUCUGCAUUUAUGGGAAACUCAUUAGAAGGAGGCUUACUUCUUGCAAUGUUCAAUUUAGCCCAUAUUGCUGAAGAGUACUUCACCAGCCAAUCAAAAGUUGAUGUCAAGGAACUAAAAGAAAACUAUCCCGAAUUUGCCCUUGUUCUUGAUGUCAACAACCAACAAUCACUAAACUUAUCAGAUUUAAAGUACCAUGAAGUCCCAGUCAAUGAUUUAGAAGUUGGAUCAUUCAUUUUGGUCAAAGCUGGCGAGUCAGUCCCUGUAGAUUGUGAAGUUUUCAAAGGCAGGUCAACAAUCACAAUUGAACAUUUGACCGGUGAAGUCAAACCCCUAGAAAGAGAUGUUGGUGACAGUAUUCCAGGUGGCGCAAGGAACAUAGAUGGUAUGAUGAUACUAAAGGCGAAAAAGACAUGGAAAGAUUCAAUGUUGAACAAGAUAGUGCAACUGACAGAAGAAGCUCAAUCAAGAAAACCGAAACUUGAAAGAUGGUUGGAUGAAUUUGGUGAAAGUUACAGCAAGGCAGUUAUUGUUUUAUCAAUUUCAAUUGCCUUUAUUGGUCCCAUUCUUUUUAAAUGGCCUUUUUUUAGCACUCCAGCUUGCAGAGGUUCAUUUUACAGGGCACUGGGGCUCAUGGUUGCAGCAUCACCAUGUGCACUUGCUGUAGCUCCUUUGGCUUAUGCUACUGCAAUCAGUGCCUGUGCUAAAAGGGGAAUAUUACUGAAAGGAGGACAUGUAUUUGACUCUUUAGCUUCUUGCCAUACAAUUGCUUUUGAUAAAACAGGGACAUUGACAACAGGGGAGUUUAUGUGUAAAGCAAUUGAACCAAUACAUGGACAUGUUACAACAGAUGAAGCUAAAAGUACAACUUCUUGUUGCAUACCCACUUGUGAAAAAGAAGCUCUUGCUGUUGCUGCUGCUAUGGAGAAGGGUACCACUCACCCAAUUGGAAGAGCUGUGAUAAAUCAUAGUCAAGAAAAAGAGCUUCCUGCUGUGUGUGUUGAAAGCUUUGAGAAUGUUCCUGGUAGAGGUCUUUGUGCAACAUUAUCUAGCAUUGAGCCAGGUUUUGGAGGGCGCCAAGAGCUAAAAGCAUCACUCGGUUCCAUUGAAUACAUCACCUCACAAUUCAACUCAAAAGCCGAAUCACAAAAAAUUAAAGAAGCCGUUUUUAAAUCUUCACAUGGAACCGAUUUAGUCCGUGCUGCUCUCUCAGUCAACAACAAAAAGGUGACUCUCUUUCACUUCGAGGACAAACCUAGAAUCGGAACAAAAGACGUAAUCAUGGAACUAAAACAACAUGGAAAACUCCACGUCAUCAUGUUAACCGGGGACCACGAGCUCAGUGCACGUAGGGUUGCUAAUGCAGUAGGCAUCGAUGAAAUCCAUUGUGCCCUAAAACCCGAAGAUAAACUCAACCAUGUCACAAACGUCCCUCGAGACACAGGUCGAGGUCUAGUAAUGGUUGGUGAUGGUAUAAACGACGCGCCUGCACUGGCGGCCGCGACAGUCGGCGUUGUGCUGGCACAACGCGCGAGCGCAACCGCUAUCGCGGUUGCAGAUGUUUUGCUACUGCAAGACAAUAUCUCGGGUGUCCCAUUUUGUAUUAAAAAAUCGCGCCAAACAACCUCGUUAGUGAAACUAAACGUCGCACUCGCGUUAUCGAGUAUUUUGCUCGCCUCACUUACUUCCGUCAUGGGUUUCCUCCCUCUCUGGCUCACGGUAUUACUUCAUGAAGGUGGGACUUUGGUUGUAUGUUUGAAUUCGAUACGUGCGCUUGAAGAUCCGUCGUGGUCUUGGAGGACGGAUCUUCUAGAAGGAUUUAAUAAACUCAAGUCUUUGGUCAACAUGUUGACUAAAAACACCCCUACAAUAAAGGUUGCACCCUCAUAAGGUAGUAUCUAGUGUAGGCUUUUUUAAAAAAAAUGUAAAUUGUGCUCCACAUUUUUAAAUAAUAAUAAACCAAAAUCGUUGCAUUUUGAGCUUAAUGAUGAAAGUGAAAUGAAGGUUUGGUAUA